AUGAAGGCAAGCAAUCCCAAUAUGCAUGAGCAUGCAUUCAUCUUGAUUUUUGCAGAGGAGGAAUCCAAGCUUAAAAUUUGUGAAGAAUCCCACGAAGUAAAGGAGAAAGCAGGACAUGGGUUGUGUAGGGAAGAUGCAGAAGAUGAUGACGAUAAGGAGCUUCCAAGUGGAAAAGUCAGCCAUGGAUUCCAUUUGCCUGAUUUUUGGACAAACCCAAAACAAGCAGUCAGGAGAGCUUAUAAAGCUACAAAUGAUGAGAUUUUGGGAAAAGUUUUAUGCAGAGAUGGUGUAGCAAAACAGAUAACUGUGGAUCACAACCCGGAGACAGAGAAGGAGAAGGAUCUUGUUGAAAGCAGAGGAACUGUUCCGCGUGUGGAUGGCCAACUAGCUAUGACAAGGGCAUUUGGGGAUGGAAAACUGAAGGAUCACAUAACUUCAGAACCAGAUAUAAAAGUUAAGAAGAUCGACGAUGAAACAGAUUUCAUCAUUUUGGCAAGUGAUGGCUUGUGGAAGGUGAUGUCAAACCAAGAGGCUUACGAUUGCAUUGGAGAAUUAGAUGAUGCUCAGGAAGCAGCUGAGAAGUUGAUUGAAGAAGCAUUAUCUAGGGAAAGAUAUGAUGAUGUCUCCUGCGUAGUUGUUGUCUUUCACUAA